ACCAAACAGUCUCGCUCGCUCGCUCUGGCCGAGAGUGAAAGUGGGAGCUGGUAUAAAAGCUGCGCCGCCUGCCCAAAGACACUCCAUACUCGCUCUUGCCUCCAAAUCCACCCGGCUGAGGUGAACAGGCAGCACUCAAUCCUCUCGAAACCAACUCAGUGCCGCGCCAUCUGGAGUAACGGGACCGGCAGCAAAAGGCAGCAAGAGAGAGCACGUCCGCACCUGAGAGCGCGCGCAGCAGAGAGUAGCUGGAGAAGCGAGCAAAAGGAAGAAGACUAAAAGACAACCUUUGCCAUGGGUAAAGCCACGCGGCUUUUGGGCCUGCUGCUUGUGCUGGUAGCCAUCUCGUACGGCGACGACGAGCCCCCAAAGUGGAAGUCGGCCGGCGACUCCCCGGCCGCCGCCCCCCAGCCGGCCCCGCAGCCGGCCCAGGCUAGCCCCGAGGGCAGGAACCGCGAGGGCAAGAGCCUGCUUGGUGACCUCAUCGGGCUCGGCACCGGACCAGACUUGGACCCCUACAUGGCGUCUGCCAAUGGACAGUGCCUCAACGGUGACCUGGCCGAGUGCUUCAAGUCCAGGGCCCUCGCCUCGAUGGAUGAAUUCUUCCAGCAGGAGCGAUACCAGUUCGGCGACCACGCUAAGGUUGUCAGGAUGCCAGGUUGGAAGCAGAGAGUAGGAAAGCAGUACGAAUUCUCCUCAACCCCCAGAUCGGAAGAGUCCGAAUGGGACCAGUUCACCAAAUUCAUGAUGCGCAAGGCCGAGGACUUCAUCCGCUCGACCGCCUUCGAAGUCAACGUGCCCCAGGAGCUGCUGGGACAGGAGCAGGGUCGAUUUGCACCCAGAUUCGUCGACGAGAUCGCAACCGAGAUCGACCUCAUUGAGGACAAGACUGAAAACUCUUUCUCACGCACCAAGCUGAAGAAGCUGUUCAUCCCCCUGCUGAUCAUCCUGAAGCUGUUCAAGCUGAAGCUGCUGCUCUUCCUGCCCUUCAUCCUGGGCCUGGCAUCUUUCAAGAAAAUCCUUGGCCUGCUGGCGCUGGUCGUUCCCGGUCUGAUCGGCUUCUACAAGCUGUGCAAGCCGAAUCUGCACAGCCCUUACAACAACUUCGGCCACAGCAGCUACUACAACCAGCCGCAGAGCUCCGGCCCUCACUACCCCUACUACGGCUCCGGAGGCGGCAGCGGCCCCUUCUACGGCCGCGACACCAACAACCUUCAGGUGGCCGCCUCCGCCGUGAACGCCGCCCCCGUCGCCUUCCGCGACCCCGAUGACCACAGAGACUCGCACCAGUUCGCCUACUCUGGCUACCCGCAGUACCAGUAAAUUAUUUUUU